CUUCUCAAUUCAAUUAUAGGGUUUAUACAAAUUGGAAGAAAAGGUUUCAUCUUCCCGCAUUACAAUGCCGCCUUCAAUUCCUGCUAUAUCUCACCAGUCAACUACACAACUUCUUACUCCUACUGGACGCCUGUUCGUUGCUCCUUCCAACCAUCGUCAUCCCAUCCAAGGAAGCAAAUGUCAAUUGACCAGGAGGAGUUUUUCUUUGAAAGGCAUAGUAGCGGCGGCCGGAGCUUCAAUCACGACCUCUUCUCCCCCGGCCGAGCCUGCUCAAGGUCUGGAGAGAUUACCAUUCAAGUCAGAUGGAUAUAAUUAUUGGAAGUGGAGGGACCACAAGAUUCAUUAUGUAGUGCAGGGAGAAGGAAUACCAAUCGUUCUUGUUCAUGGUUUUGGUGCUUCUGCAUUUCAUUGGAGGUACAACAUUCCAGAAUUAUCUGCAAAAUACAAAGUUUAUGCAAUAGAUUUACUAGGUUUUGGCUGGAGUGAGAAAGCAUUAAUUGACUACGACGCUGUAAUCUGGAGGGACCAAGUUGUGGAUUUCUUAAAAGAGAUUGUGAAAGAACCAGCUGUUUUAGUUGGAAACAGCCUGGGAGGAUUCACGGUUUUGAUGACAGCGGCUGGAUUGCCUGAGCAAGUUUCCGGAGUAGUCUUAUUAAACUCUGCCGGACAAUUUGCCAAUGCAAAUAUUGAAGCCAAAGUGUCAGAAGAAACCAUCCUCCAGAAAUACCUUUUAAAGCCACUGAAGGAAAUCUUUCAGCGUGUAAUACUUGGAUUUGUAUUCUGGCAGUCCAAACAAGCAACUCGUGUUGAAUCUGUCUUGAAGAGUGUGUAUAAGAACACCUCGAAUGUGGAUGAUUAUCUGAUCAAAUCAAUCACCAUGCCUGCAGAGGACUCAAAUGCUGGAGAAGUUUACUAUAGACUGAUGUCAAGGUUCAUGACAAACCAAAGCAAGUACACACUUGACAGUAUCCUGAGCAAACUGACUUGCCCGCUUUUAUUGAUUUGGGGAGAUUUAGACCCUUGGGUUGGUCCUUCAAAGGCCAAUAGGAUCAAAGAAUUCUACCCAAACACUACUCUUGUCAACCUGCAGGCAGGGCACUGUCCACACGAUGAAGUGCCAGAGCUUGUCAACAAGGCUUUGAUCGACUGGCUAUCAUCAUCAUCGUUUGCCUCUGCCUCUUCAUAAACUAUAUAGAAGAACCAUACAUGAUGAUAUUAAUAUCAUCCUUUCAACUAUUUUCUAGUCUUUAUAUAAAUUAUAUAUUUAGGGAAGCAUAUUUCUAAAUUUCAUUGUCUUCUCAGAUUCUUGAAAUCUUCUGGGAUUUAUUGUGUAAGGAUGCAAAAAUGGUUGAUUAUGUUCAUAAUAUAUAAAUGAAAGGAGCUUUGAAUAA